AAAUAAGAGCCUACUUUAACUUCCUGAUAGGAUGCACGUAUCCCUGACCUUUUGCAUCGUAAUGGUGCUUCUUUUUUCAUUUGGUACAGAAAUGGAUCGGCAUAAUCACAUAAUCCAUUUGGUGCCAGCAAUCUUGCUGGGCAGCAUGCUGAUGGCAUUAUGAACCCCCAGAGUACAACGAAGAAUCCUGGUAAAGCCCUAGAGGGUGUGCAUUGGAUCCAUGUUCUGCCUCAUUCACCCUUUGCUUAGAAGAGAUUGAACUCAACAGGGCUGCAAUCAAUAAACCUGAAUCUUGCAGAAAAGUUGCAAAAUGUUGCUUACAUCACUUCCUUUAUUUGCUCUAGACUCCAACUCCAAGAAUCUAAGGUGUACGCUAACUCAUUAAUUGGAGUUGGAGUUGCUUCCAGUUUGUAUCAUUCUUCACGAGGAAAAAUCAGGAAUACUUUGGAGAUGUGUUUGACUAUACCAAUGAUACCAACAGAACAAAUAGUUCCUAAAUUGAGCUUGAGCUUUAUUACUUUGACUCUUUCAGGAUUCCGGAACUCUGCAGCAUUAUUGCCUAUACAGCCUUAAUGGUGCUCUGCUGCUCACACAAAAACUGGAAAUAUUUCUCAGAACACGAUCUUGUUGCAACAUAGUUUCCAUCUCAUUGCUUGCAAGUAUGUUCUUGGCACCACUGUUACUUCCUUCCAAAAUGCUUUCUACAGAAGGUGGGCAUUGCAAAGAAGAGCAGUGGAAAGAUCGCAGACCUUGCCGGAUGGCGCAUAUCUACAUAAGAUGUCAUCCUUUUUGGGUGUUCUUUUCAUUGCAGAUGAGAUGUUUCCUAGUACUCCUUUGUUAUCAUGCUGUUGGCAUCUUGCUGCGGCUGGUGUAAGCACCUGUAACAAACUUCUUCGAGUAGCCAUGGCAUAUAUCUCAGUGCAGUUUCAUAUAGUUCAUUUUAUAUCCACUGAGCUGCAGCUUAACUCAAAAAACCGACUAUGCUAA